AUGACAUCCCUCUUCAAGCGUCGGCAGCAGCCAAAUCCGGCCUCGGUCUCCACUUCCGACAACCCUAUCACCGAAGCGGUCGCUUCUCAACCAUCCGCGUCUAAGUCGAAGCAGUCGCCAGGCUCCUCAUCUAUAUCAAGAUCGCGCAGCUUGCAACCCGAACCCACCACCACCACCACCACCACCAACACCUCCUCCUCCAGCGUCAAGACCGCCUCCAAGCGUCGGCGUAGUUUGGGCAACCUUCUCUCACCCACCCUCUUCCCCCGCACCCCUGAAGAAGAACUCGAUCCGCUCCUAACAGAAGACUAUGUCGACCCUGACCACAUCGAUGCUUUCCGCGAAGCCCUCGCCACAGACUUAGGUCAGCAAGAAUACAAUCCUGCCCCGUCAAACCAAAUCACCGGCUCCUCUUCGUGGAAUGUGUUCGGGUACGGGAAUGCGGCCAAAACGCCCACCGAAAUCGGUCAAGCCUCUGCCGCUGUUGCACCGGCAACGUCCUGGACAGAACCUAAAUCUCCCGCUAUGGCAACACCUUCUGGCACCCGUGCGUCCAACCCUCGCAAAGUAGGCAGAAUCGCAGCAGCGUCCGACUUUGCACCGAUCAACGAAAAAGUUUCCCGCAAGAAGAAGACCAUCGUCGACUCAGGUACAAGAGAAGGUUUCGUUUUCCACACUCUCCGAUGGCCGCUCUUGCUGGUCAUCUUCUUGUUCAUCAGUUUGGAGUUCUUGCUAUACGUGAUGGUGAGGCAGUUGGUGAAUAUUAUCGAAUAUUCCAUUGCAUGGCGUGGGAAAAAGGGGCAACUGCGUAAACAGAUGCGUUCGGCCUCCAAUUACGCGGAUUGGAAAGAAGCUGCGCUUGCACAGGACGAUUUCCUUGGCUAUGAGAAAUGGAAGACUGAAGACGGAAGCGGGUUUUAUGAUUGGAUCUUGGUUAAGAAAGUCAAGUCGAGUUUGAGGAACUUUAGGGAGAAAGACGAUGCGGAGAACUUACUGGGUGUAUUGGAUCUAUGUUUGAGGAACAACUUUGCAGGGACCGAAAACUUCAGAUUGUACUCAGAGACGUAUUUGGGCACCAAGUAUCUAGUCGAGAGUUAUCUGGCAGAGAUUGAAACGGCAUUGGCGUAUAUCGAGACGACGGAUAAGGUUUCGUUAGAGACGAAGCGGGCAUUUUAUAGGGCGGUAAGUAAGAAUUUGGGGAGGAGUGCCUUGUGUUUGUCGGGAGGCGCCAGUUUUGGGUAUUACCAUAUUGGAGUGGUCAGAGCGUUGUUGGAUGCGAAUUUGUUGCCCAAGGUGGUGACAGGGACUUCGGCUGGUGGGCUAAUUGCAGCAUUGACAUGUACAAGAACAGAUCAGGAGCUGAGGCAAAUGUUGGUGCCCGCACUUGCUGAUCGCAUCACUGCUUGCGAGGAGCCUUUCUCUGUCUGGGCGAGGAGGGCUUGGACGACGGGUGCAAGAUUCGACACGGUCAAAUGGGCUGAAAAAGCCAGCUUCUUCACUAUGGGAAGUAUGACUUUCAAAGAGGCUUACCAGCGCACGGGCAAGGUUCUCUGCAUUUCGGUCAUUCCUGCGGACAGACACUCUCCGGUCAAGUUGCUCAACUAUGUCACUGCACCCGAUUGCGUUAUUUGGUCCAGUCUCCUCGCGUCUGCUGCGGUACCAGGCAUCCUCAAUCCGGUAUGCUUGAUGCAAAAGCGCAAAGGAACAAACGAAAUCGUUCCUUGGAACUGGGGUCAUCGCUUCAAAGACGGAAGUCUACGCGUAGAUAUUCCACUACAGGAACUACACUCGCUCUUCAACGUCAACUAUCCCAUCGUUAGUCAGGUCAAUCCUCAUGUGCAUCUUUUCCAUUUCGGAUCCAAGGGCUCCCCUGGUCGACCCACCGCGCACAGGAAGGGCAAAGGUUGGCGUGGUGGUUUCGUCCUCUCGGCUGCCGAGAGGAUUCUAAAGCUCAACCUCUCGAUGAACUUCAAGAUCCUCCGAGAUCUCGAUUUGCUUCCUGCAAUCCUCGGGCAGGACUGGUCUAGUGUAUUCCUGCAGCGAUUUGGAGGAGCAGUUACGAUCUUGCCCAAGACUAGGGUUUGGGAUUGGGUUAGGAUUCUGUCAGAUCCGGAUCGGAAGGAGCUGACGAGAAUGAUGAGCGUGGGUAAGAGCGUUACUUUCCCCAAACUGCAUAUGAUUGAGAAUAGGGUAAGGUUGGAGAGAGCGAUUGAGCAGGGGAGGAAGGCUUGUAGGCGUGCUGCACAAGCCGCCAAUGGUGGUGUUGGUAAAAGCUCGGUCCAGCGUAUGUCUACUGUGGAUGGCGCCUCGAGGACGAGUGGCGAAAGUCAGAUCCGAGCACUUGGCGGACCGAGUAGUGCAAGCUCGCUGCCAAGCGAUACGGACAACGACGACUUCUUCACCAGCAAAGAGAUUGCUGGGUUGACAAAAGUUGCCGGUUCGGCAUUGAGGAAUGGCUUAGUAGACUCGGCUGUUGGAACACCGAACAGUGUUGGACACCCCGACGACGUUCCACCUCCUUCCAAAGAUUCGCAGUCGAGACCCAAGCCAUACCCUACCUACUCGAGGUAUCUCAUUGACAAUCAAAGCCCUCGAUCGGGCGUAAGAGGAGAGGGUUACGAACCUGAACAAGCCGGUAGAGCUGUUCGCGAGUGGCUCGACCGCUCUCAUAGCCAUGAUGGUGAGGUUGAGGAGGAGGAGGCAGAAGAAGAAGCUGAUGGAGAGAAACGAGAUGUUCAGACUCAGCUUCCGUUCUUGUCUGCUGCCGUGCAGUCGGAAGGUGUAAGGAGGAACGGAGGAAGGGAGAGCAUGCACAGACACAGUUUUGGCUCGUCUCCCAUUCAUCAGAGACUGAGGACUUGGCAUGGGAACAGCAGACAUAGUUGGGAUGAUAGAAGUCAGGAUUUUGGUGAUGAAGAGGAUGAGGGGAACGAAGUGGAUGAGGAUAGGGGGAUCUAUGAGAGCGGGAGCAGCGAUGAGGAAUCGGAGUUGCCCAGGGAAGAGUAA